AUGAAGGUACGCAACUACAACAAAACUAUCACUUGGAAUCGUCCUUCGGCGGGAUGGGUCAAGCUUAACACAGAUGGCAGCAGCUUGGGUAACCCUGGUGCCUCAGGGAUAGGUGGGAUCAUUAGAAAUAAUCAUGGAAAUCUUAUUCAUGCUUUUUCUUCAUUCAUUGGCAUAGGGUCUAAUAAUCGGGCAGAACUUCUAGCUCUUCUUCAUGGGAUCCAGGUUUGUAAAUCUUUAUCUCUUAAUUAUGUGCAUAUUGAGCUUGAUUCUAUGAAUGUUAUUUCAUGGUGGAAGAGCAAGAGAUGUGGGGUGUGGUAUCUGGAGGAUUUCUGGGAGGAGCUAAUUGACAUUAUGGACUCCAUGACCUACUCGAUAAACCACGUUUUUAGAGAGGGAAAUAAAGUCGCUGAUUGGUUAGCCAAACAGGGAGCUUCUGGAAACGACCUAGCUGUCUCGCUAUUAACGGAGUCUCCCCGUGAAUUGCGGGGUCUUAUCCGUAUGGAUUACUCUGGUUUACCGUCUUUACGUUUUAGGUAG